CUCGUAAAAAGAUAUUGGAUGGUCACAUUUUACCAAUAGUAUCUGUGUAGAUGAAAGGCGGAAAUUUAAACUUGUUCGGCCAUUACAGAAGUGACCUUGGUGGGUCACCCUGACGAAGACUGAAAUAACUAGUCAGAUUUCGGAGUUUUUGGCUGGGAACGCAGUUUAUCACAGGGAUUAGUAAUUCAGGCGCUCCAUGACUUAUUGGUUGACAGUGCUUGUCCGGGCUGUUUAAAUGCUGAUAAUGACUCAUAUGUCACUAAAUAAUUCAUUUUUAUGAUAAGAAAAAGCUCAGAAACUCAGUACUGUUUUCUUUAUGUAUUUCGAGUGGUUGUCGACUGGCGUAAUCGCAGUGCUGUGAAGUUAACAACUGAUAUCUACGAUCAGAUUAAAAGUAUUUACGUAGAAGUUUACACUCAAUGUUUGCUGCGAAUCUUGUUCGUAGAGUCGGCAUCUGCAUAUCACAUAUCCCUAAUCGUGAUCCAAAGCUACUUCUGAAAAGAUAUAUUUUAUCAUACAGUCGAUCAAUAAAUUUAGAAUUGAUUGGCCACCUCCAAGAUAUAUCUGAGUCUUCAUAUGUACCUGGUCAAAUCUUUUUGCACAAACACUUUGGUUAUCGUGGUAUUAUAUUACAAUGUUGGAAGGCGAAACUGUUUGACGGAAAUCUGCAGUCCAUAGAAGCAUCAAAACUAAAGUCUCAUGAAUUUAAGAAAAAGUAUGAGUCAGAAGUGAAUGUGUACCAGGUUCUUACCGAUCAGAAGGACAUUGAGAUAUGUAAUUCUGCUCUAAAACCUGGUAUCACCUUUUUACUUGAUGACAAGAGAGCUUUUAAUGCAAUCUAUAUAGUUUCAGAAAUGGAUUAUGUUUUUCAUGAUGAUAUUAUCCCCUAUGUUCCUUACGAAGCUUCAGCCAUCAGGAAUGAUUAUUUAUGUGAAUUUUUGCUUUCUGCUCCGGACAAAGACCCACCAUUCAUCCCAACGGACCAUUUAAGACGCUGGAUUGAGGCUCGUAGAUGGAGUUUAGAAGUAACGUCAGUCCAUAGAAAAGUGACAGAAGGUAUUCGGACAACAGUAUUGCCUUUCUAUAUGGGUCGUCGAGUAACAGGAGAUAAUAAAGAAAACGACAUAUGUUACUGGCGUUACCUAAUCAGAUUGGAGAAUCUUGCAAUGGAGCGAGUUCAACUCCGCGAACGCUUUUGGAAGGUUUUCUCAAUAACUGGAAACCUGGAAUCUAACAGAGAAAAAGGAGCUGUGGGAAUGCAACCUAUUCUAUCGCCAGAAUGUCCAGUUUUUCAAUAUCACAGCCAUAUCCAAGUUCCUGUACCAUGGGCCCACAUGUGGGGAUCAUUCCGAUUCGAGAGACCUAAUGGUGCAAGUUUUGAUGUGAAGAUACCGUCUUUCCCACUAUGCGAUCGCACACACUGGUCAGACACAAGCAGUGAGCAGUUGGGAUAGAUACUUUAAAGCCCACUAAUCUUAAUUCCGGUUACGUACAGUCAGAUUCAAUGUCGCAUGUCGUCUUUGACAAAAGCUAAAAUCGCUCUGUUUAUUUACAUUUUGGUACCAAUUUUGAAAUAGUUUACUCAAGUAAAAUAUAAGUCCACGUAGAC